AUGGCUGAAGACUCAGAACUUUGGGAUGUCAUCUGUGAUGGUCCUUUUGUUCCUAUGAAGACCAUUGGAGAACCAGAAGUGUCAGUUCCUAAGACUAAGAAAGAAUACAACGAUGCUGACAGAAAGGCUAUAGAGAAGAACUUCCGAGCAAAAAAGAUCCUCAUCUGUGGUAUUGGACUAGACAAAUAUAAUCGGAUUUCUGCCUGCCAAUCUGCCAAGGAGAUCUGGGAGGCUCUCCAAACAAAACACGAAGGGACUACUCAUGUCAAACAGUCGAAGAUUGAUAUGCUAACCACUGAGUAUGAGCUAUUCAGGAUGAAGGACGAUGAGUCCAUUCAGGACAUGCACACUCGCUUCACCUCUAUCAUCAAUAAGCUUCACUCUCUUGGUGAAAUCAUUCCUAGAAACAAGCUUGUGAGAAAGAUCCUCUACGUGUUGCCCAGCUCUUGGGAAAGUAAGGUAAAUGCUAUCACAGAAGCAAAAGAUUUGCAGAAGCUGACCAUGGACGAACUUGUUGGCAAUCUGAAGACUUAUGAAAUGAUGAAGAAAAAGGACAAUGAGAGAAGAGAGCUGAAAAAAGAGAAGAUACCGGUUCCCAAGACGGACAGCAAUGACUCAGGUGGUGAGGAUGCUGAUAUGGCCUACCUGACAAAAAGGUUUCAGAAAAUGGUUCACAGAAAUGGAGGCAUUCCAAAAGGGGGCAGUUCCAGCAAGCCAAAAGGUUAUGACAUAUGUCAUAAGUGCGGCAAGCCAGGACACUUCAUCAAGUAUUGCCCUCUUCUCAAGCAAGAUCAAUACAAACACAACACUAACAAAGCAGCCAAGAGGAACCAGGUUCCUGACAAAAGAUUCAAAAGAAAAGACGUUGCUAAUAACAUUGUGCAACAGGCUCUUUCUGCAUGGGGAGACUCUUUCAGCGAAUCCGAAGAAGAUGAUGGGCAAGGUGAAAGCUCUAUGAUGGCAGUGGAAAGUGAAGCAACUGAGUAUGACUCCAUUUUUACCUUGAUGGCUCAAGUCGCUAAUACUGAGCUUGAGAGAGAUGACCUACUAGCAGUAGUAGUUGAUCUGAAUGACACAAUUAAGGAAUUGAAAGUAGAGGGUAGGCAUGAGACUCUUCACAAAGGUAAGGAAGUUGCUAAUGAAACACAUCUUAGGAUUGAAGAUGAGAUGAAGACAGUGAAGUCUAGAGUGUGUAUUGAACUUGAAAAGAACAAACAACUUCAGGAAGAACUAGGAAGAGUCGAGAGUGAUCAUGAAAAAUCACUCAAAUGGACCUGGUCCUCUGAUGCUAUCACUUCCAUGUACAUAAACAAUGGGGAAAACAGGCAGGGAAUUGGGUUUCAAAGGGAAAAGACUCCAUACAACCCUCAUAGCAAGUAUGUUACUAUACUAUACCCGAUAAUUGGCUUUGUAUUCACUGUGGAUUCACAUGAUAAGAUUGAUCAAGAGGGAGAACGGUCAAUUGUCCCUGGUGAAGUCAUUGACAUGGAAAAUGGAAAAACUGACAUGAUGAGUCAGGUCAAGGAUUCAGAUGACAAUGGCACAUCUGAAUCUCCAACUGACAUAGAGGAACCCGGUUCCUCAAUCACUACAACUGAAGCUGAAAACAGAGUUGUUGAUGCAGGUCAAGGGACCCCACAUGCAGAGAAAGAAUCACAUUCAGAAAUACCUGGACCAUCUCACAACAAGAUCAAAGGCAAGAAAUGCGCUUGA